GGUUUCCGAGAGGGGUCUUGGAGUGCCCCUCAAAGUGGUAAAUCAGCAUAGACUGGCUUUGGCUUUGAAGAGUUUAGUUUGCAAAGCCAGGCUUCAAACUUUUUUCCCUUAAAGGCCCAGAUGGCUUGGAGGAAGCAAGUGUGGCAUCCCCUGGUAUACCCGUCUCUGGGCAGCUCAGGGCAGCCUGGGCCCAGGGGUCUGUGCCCUGUCGGUACCAUGAGGCAGGGCCUUGCAGCCAGGGCGCUUCCGUAGGGGCUGAGCAAGGGGCAGACUUCCUCUGUGGUGCAGUUGAUGCGCCAUGUGUCGCGGGUCAGGGGACACUGGCUGGUGAUUAAACGCCUGACAGCGGUGGGACAUGCAGGCAGACAGGCUCUUUGCUUUCUGUCUAGUUCCUGUUUGGGCUGUAGAGUCUGAAACGCAUCUUUGAAAGGCCAAGGCAAACACCUCUAUCCCUUCAAAUAACUCUAGGAUUAUAGGACCCCAUGAAUAAUUUGAGGGCGAAGCAGAGGUGGGAGCUGUUUGAAGUGCAAAGCUGUUUUUGUGGCUGGGAAAGCUUUUUCUAUAUGGUCCGGAAAAAGAACCCCCCUCUGAGAAACGUUGCUAGUGAAGGCGAGGGUCAAACCCUGGAGCCAACAGCUACAGAAGGCAAAGUAUCUGGAAAGAACAAAGAAUUUUCUGCAGAUCCGAUGUCAGAAAAUACAGAUCCGAGUGAUGCGGCCGACCUGAACAGGAAGGAGGAACACAGCGUGCAUGGCCAAGAGCCAUCUUCCAGCAGUAAGAAGGACUUGCAAAUCUCAGGCCUGAGUGAGAAGGCUGGCUUCAAUUAUGAAAGCCCCAGUAAGGGAGGAAACGUUGCCUCCUUUCCACAUGAUGAGGUAACAGACAGAAAUAUGUUGGCUUUCUCAUCUCCAGCUGCUGGGGGAGUAUGCGAGCCCUUGAAGUCUCCUCAAAGAGCAGAGGCAGAUGACCCUCAAGAUAUGGCCUACACCCCAUCAGGGGAGUCAUUGGAGACAAAGGAAGAGCAAAAAAUGUCACCAAAGGCUACCGAGGAAACAGGGCCAGUGCAGAGUGGUCAAGCCAAUUGUCAAGGUUUGAGUCCAGUUUCCGUGGCCUCAAAAAACCCACAAGUGCCUUCAGAUGGGGGUGUCAGACUGAGUAAACCCAAAACUGACUUACUGGUGAAUGACAACCCAGACCCGGCACCUCUGUCUCCAGAGCUUCAGGACUUUAAAUGCAAUAUCUGUGGAUAUGGUUACUAUGGCAAUGACCCCACAGAUCUGAUUAAGCACUUCCGAAAGUAUCACUUAGGACUGCAUAAUCGCACCAGGCAGGAUGCUGAGCUGGACAGCAAAAUCCUUGCCCUUCACAACAUGGUGCAGUUCAGCCAUUCCAAAGACUUCCAGAAGGUCAACCGCUCUGUGCUUUCUGGUGUGCUGCAGGAUAUCAGCUCAUCAAGGCCUGCUUUACUAAAUGGGACCUAUGAUGUGCAGGUCACGUCAGGUGGAACAUUCAUUGGCAUUGGACGGAAAACUCCAGAUUGCCAAGGCAACACCAAGUAUUUCCGCUGCAAAUUCUGCAAUUUCACUUAUAUGGGCAACUCAUCAACCGAACUAGAGCAACACUUUCUUCAGACUCACCCGAAUAAAAUAAAAGUGUCUCUCCCCUCCUCCGAGGCUGCAAAGCCUUCAGAGAAAAACUCUAACAAAUCUAUCCCUGCGCUGCGAGCCAGUGACUCUGGAGACGUAGGAAGGUGGCAGGACAAGAUCACAGUCAAAGCAGGAGAUGACACCCCUGUCGGCUACUCAGUGCCCAUCAAGCCCCUCGAUUCCUCAAGACAAAAUGGUACAGAGGCCACCAGUUAUUACUGGUGUAAAUUUUGUAGUUUCAGCUGUGAGUCAUCUAGCUCGCUAAAGCUCCUAGACCAUUAUGGCAAGCAGCAUGGAGCAGUGCAGUCAGGUGGCCUUAACCCAGACCUGAAUGACAAGCUUCCCAGGGGCACUGUCAUUAACCAGAAUGAUCUAGGCAAAAGUGUAGAAGGAGAGCCAUUGACCAAGCCAGAAAAGGGCUUGAGUGGGGCUAAAAAGAAGGACUUCCCGAGCAAGGGAGCAGAGGAUAAUAUGGUAACAAGUUAUAACUGUCAGUUCUGUGACUUUAGAUAUUCCAAAAGCCAUGGCCCUGAUGUGAUUGUAGUGGGUCCACUUCUCCGUCAUUAUCAACAGCUCCAUAACAUCCACAAGUGUACGAUUAAGCACUGUCCAUUCUGUCCCAGAGGCCUUUGCAGCCCAGAAAAGCAUCUUGGAGAAAUUACUUAUCCGUUUGCUUGUAGGAAAAGUAAUUGUUCCCACUGUGCACUCUUGCUGUUGCACUUGUCUCCUGGGGUGGCCGGAAGUUCCAGAGUCAAACACCAAUGCCACCAGUGUUCCUUCUCUACCCCUGAUGUAGAUGUGCUCCUCUUUCACUAUGAGACCGUGCAUGAGUCCCAAGCAUCGGAUGUCAAACAAGAGGCAAACCACCUGCUGGGAUCUGAUGGGCAGCAGGCUGUCAAGGAAAACAAGGAAUACUCGUGCACCAAAUGCGAUUUUAUAACCCAGGUGGAAGACGAGAUUUCUAGACACUACAGGAGAGCACACAGCUGCUACAAAUGUCGCCAGUGCAGUUUCAUAGCUGCUGACACUCAGUCACUAUUGGAACACUUCAACACAGUUCACUGUCAGGAACAGGAAAUCACUACUGCUAAUGGCGAAGAGGAUGGCCAUGUCAUACCCACCAUCAAAGAAGAGCCCAAAAUUGACCUCAAGGUCUACAGUCUGCUAAACCCAGACUCUAAAAUGGGAGAGACAGUUCCAGAGAACAUAGUCAAGAGGGAGAAACUUGAUGACAAGGAAGGGCUGAAAGAUAAAGUAUGGGCCGAGAGUUCCAACGAUGACCUUCGUGGCGUGGCAUGGAGAGGGGCUGACAUCCUCCGGGGCAGUCCAUCCUAUACUCAAGCAAGCUUAGGGCUCUUGACACCUGUGUCCACCUCCCAAGAGCAGACAAAGACUCUAAGGGACAGCCCCAAUGUUGAAGCUGCCCACCUGGCAAGACCUAUGUAUGGCUUGGCAGUUGAUACCAAGGGCUUCCUGCAAGGGGCGCCAGCCGGCGGUGAGAAGUCUGCAUCCCUCACCCAGCAGUAUCCUGCUUCUGGAGAGAGCAAGACCAAGGAUGAAUCUCAGUCGCUGUUACGGGCUGUGACAAUCUCCGGAACACCAAACAGGAGGAGGCGAAGAGGCUCCGGUGUUUUUUGUGCCAAUUGCCUGACCACAAAGACCUCUCUCUGGCGAAAGAACGCAAAUGGCGGCUAUGUAUGCAAUGCAUGUGGUCUGUACCAGAAACUUCACUCGACUCCCAGGCCUUUAAACAUCAUUAAACAAAACAACGGUGAGCAGAUUAUUAGAAGACGAACAAGAAAGCGCCUUAACCCAGAGGCACUUCAGGCAGAGCAGCUUAACAAACAGCCGAGGGGAGGCAGUGAGGAGCCAGUCAAUGGAAGCCCGCUGGAAAGGAGGUCUGAAGAUCACUUGAGUGAAAGUCAUCAGCGAGAAAUGCCGCUUUCCAGCCUAACUAAAUAUGAAGCCCAGGGUUCGUUGACUAAAAGCCAUUCUGCUCAACAGCCAGUCCUCGUCAGCCAGACUCUGGAUAUUCACAAAAGGAUGCAGCCCUUGCACAUUCAGAUAAAAAGUCCUCAGGAAAGCCCUGGAGAUCCAGGAAAUAGUUCAUCCAUAUCUGAAGGGAAAGGAAGUUCUGAGAGAGGCAGCCCCAUAGAAAAGUACAUGAGACCUGCAAAACACCCCAACUAUUCUCCACCAGGCAGCCCUAUUGAAAAGUACCAGUACCCACUUUUUGGACUUCCUUUUGUACAUAAUGACUUCCAGAGUGAAGCUGAUUGGCUCCGGUUCUGGAGUAAAUAUAAGCUCUCCGCUCCUGGGAAUCCACACUACUUGAGUCAUGUGCCUGGCUUACCAAAUCCUUGCCAAAACUAUGUGCCUUAUCCCACCUUCAGUCUGCCUCCUCAUUUUUCAGCCGUUGGAUCAGACAAUGACAUUCCUCUAGAUUUGGCGAUCAAGCAUUCCAGACCUGGGCCAACUGCAAAUGGUGCCUCCAAGGAGAAAACAAAGGCACCAUCGAACGUAAAAAAUGAAGGUUCCUUGAAUGUAGUUAAGUCAGAGAAAGUUGACAGAAGCACUCAAGAUGAACUUUCAACAAAAUGUGUGCACUGUGGCAUUGUCUUUCUGGAUGAAGUGAUGUAUGCUUUGCAUAUGAGUUGCCAUGGUGACAGCGGACCUUUCCAGUGCAGCAUAUGCCAGCAUCUUUGCACGGACAAAUAUGACUUCACAACACAUAUCCAGAGGGGCCUGCAUAGGAACAAUGCACAAGCGGAAAAAAAUGGAAAACCUAAAGAGUAAAACCUUAGCACUUAGCACAAUUAAAUAGAAAUAGGUUUUCUUGAUGGGAAUUCAAUAGCUUGUAAUGUCUUAUGAAGACCUAUUAAAAAAUACUUCAUAGAGCCUGCCUUAUCCAACAUGAAAUUCCCUUUUUUAAAAAAUUUUUUUUCUUUCUUUUGAUGAGUAGGUUACCAAGAUUUUAAAAUGAAACAUAUGGUCAGUGAGAAAUAAUGGAACUGAUAAACAAUUAAACAAACAAAGAAGCAAAAAAACCUAGAAUCAAAACUAUCUCACCUAAUAUAUACGGGGCGAUCUCCAUACAGAGGCCCACUAAAUUAGAGCUAUUUUGUUUGUAAAGACACAAAUGCUGUCUAGAAUUUGAAAGAGUUUACAUACUAUCAUAAGAAAGCAGUAUUAGGCUGG